AUGUCAUCUUCCAAUUGCCCAACAAACUCCGCCCUCGCCCUCUCCCUCCUCACCUCCCUGGGCGGCGCAAUCGGCUACGCCCGGACCGGCUCAAUCCCCUCAAUCGCAGCCGGCUUCUCCGUCGGCGCAAUCUACCUCUUCUCCUUCCUCCGCCUGCGCGCCGGCCAAUCCUACGGCGAAGAACUGGGUCUGCUGGCCUCCGCCGUACUCGGCGGUAGCUCUAUCCCGCGCGCGAUCAAGACCGGUGGUAAGGCGGUUCCUACUGGCCUUUCGGUGCUGGCUACUUAUGGUGCUGUUGUUUUUGCGCUUGCAUACAAGGAAAAGAGGGUUUAA